AUGCUUUGCACCUUACAGCUGGCACACUUCAGCUGCAGUCCCUCUGCGAGGUGCCAAAUCACACCUCUCUUGAGCUCGGACCCCGGCUACAACAGCGCCUGUGGAAGCGUCUCACCAGCCUGCUCCGUCGACUCCGGCUACCUUUCCCCCCCGCCCCUGCAGUGGGGAGCCGCGGACCGCUCGCCCCUGCCUGGCCCCGUCCCCAUGGCGACAGUGCCAGCGGCAGCGCACCCGAGCCCGGCCCGGCCGGGCAGGAGGUCCCGCUCCAAACACCCGGGGAGGAAGCGUCAGAGCGCCAGCGAGCGGGAGAAGCUGAGGAUGAGGGACCUGGCCAAGGCCCUGCACCACCUGCGCACCUUCCUCCCGCCCUCCGUGGCCCCUGCCGGACAGACGCUCACCAAGAUCGACACCCUGCGCCUGGCCUCCCGCUACAUCGCCCACCUGUCGGCCCAGCUGGAGGAGGACCGGGUCCAGGGAGGCCCGGCGGACUCCUCCCCGCCCCUCCCCGGUGCACAGGACCACCUCCAGACCUCCUUCCAGCCUUCCGUGCUGUCAGAAUCUCUGCCUUCAGUUCCGCUUGGCUUCCCCCACGCCAGCGACCACCUCAGCCCCCUGCCGUCCUAUCAGAAUCCCUUGGGUGACUUCUGCUUCACCGACGUUUCAUCAGAAUGCUUCUGGAUUCCGGAGAUUUCUCACACUCUCUACGGAAAAUGA